AUGCAAGGGAUUUCAAGCAAGACAAUGAUGUCUGAUAAAGGAUUGAUGGGGGGUAUCAUGCAGCGAACACAUGAUACGUUCUCAGUACCAGCUUGGGAUGUGACAAUUAAUGAUGAAGUCAAUAAGAGUAACAGCAGUAUCCCAGAGGAGGAAGAAGCCGACCCUCUUGACACUGGUAACCCAUGGCCCGGGAUGCUUAGACGGAACUCUGCGGAUAGGAGACCAUCCAAUGAGAUCCUGGACUAUGAUGAGACUAGUAUGGAACCAGCAGGGAGGAGGAGCAGGAACCAGGUCCAGAACCAAUCCAAGAUAGCAGCAAUGGCUGAUGAUAUGGAGGAACUGCGAUGGCGACAGAAGGCCGCUGAGGGUGGCAUUAGUGAUGAGGAUCACCUCUCGCCCCCUGCUAGAUUUGAAAAGCGCCCUCAUCAGUCCAGAAGCCACCAGGAGCGUAGUCUUGAGGAAUCCUGGACAUCUCUAUCUCUCUUUGAUAAAUCUCAGAAGGGGAGACUGGCAUCAAAUGUUAACCUGGAUGUAGGAGGUGAUGUUCUUGAUACUAUCUUAUCAGGAAGAAGAUCCAAGACUCAGGAAGAUGCUGAUAAUGAUGAUAGCAGUGAUGAGUUUGAGAUCCCCAUACUACCCUUUGGUCACUGCAUGACGAUAAACAUCAAGACGACCUGGGGUGACCGUCACUACAUAGGUCUCAAUGGAAUAGAGAUCUUCCAAAGCAAUGGGGAACAUGUUCAAGUCGCUAAGAUAACUGCAGAGCCCUGUGAUCUCAAUAUGUUACCGGAACACACCAACGACCCAAGAGUGGUGUCAAAUCUUAUUGAUGGUGUGAACUGCACCAGGGAUGAUAUACACAUGUGGCUUGCCCCUUUCACACCAGGCAGAAUGCAUCUCAUUACCAUGAUCUUUGCCAAUCCUGUCAAGGUUGCCAUGAUCAGGAUUUGGAAUUACAACAAGUCAAGAAUCCAUUCUUUCAGAGGAGCUAAGGAUAUAGAGAUAUCAUUGGAUGAUAAACAUAUCUUCAAAGGAGAAAUUGCAAGGGCUUCUGGAGCACUACAGGGAGACCCAAGCUCAUUUGGCGAUACCAUCUUAUUUACUGAAGAUGAAGAGAUCUUGGAACUGAUUUCUAAGAAUGAUGAGGUGUACGUCGCAGCUGAGGACUGGUUUAGUUCCAGCAUGGAUGAAGACGCAGCCCCGCCCACUAGACCACGCACAGCUGAUAUGAGUGAAGAGCGACCAAUGACCACUGCCCGACAGAAUCGAGCUCGUCCUUCAAAGUCAGAAUCGGUAGUAGAGACCGGUCAAGCCAGGGGAAAUUCACCCCCUCCCAGGUCACAUGAUACCAGUAGUGACGACGCCCUCUACGCCAGGUCCGAUCCGGCAACAACAUCCUCAUGGAUAACGCAACCACAAAAUACUGUGUUCAGAGGCAGACAUCUGAAGCUGAACUUCACAUUGACCUGGGGUGAUAUCUACUACCUCGGCCUGACCGGUCUUGAGAUCAUGGACAUAGAGGGCGACGCAAUCCCGAUAACGAUGGAUAUGAUCGACGCUUACCCGAGGGAUCUGAAUGAAUUACCAGAUUAUGGAACGGAUGACAGAACAUUGGAUAAACUCCUGGAUGGGAUGAAUGUAACCUCUUCAGACGAGCACAUGUGGAUGAUUCCAUUUACUGAGGGGGCGGAGCAUCUAGUAACCAUUGACUUUGGGAGGGAGGUCCAAAUGACAGGACUUAGGAUAUGGAACUAUAACAAGUCACCAGAAGACACCUAUAGAGGGGCAAAGAUCGUCCAUGUCUGGAUAGAUGGGCAGGAGGUCUCACCCAGUCAGGGUUAUCUAAUCCGCAAGGGCCCUGGAAAGUGUUACUUUGACUUUGCUCAAGACAUCAGCUUCGUCAGCCGGACAAACUGGCAGGCCGCAGUUGGACGACAGCAGAGGGUAGUUCCGGAUUCACUCAGGCAAAGCCAAGUUGCUUUAGAGGUCCCCAGCCAGGAGUAUAUUCCUAUGCAUAUGCCAUGUGGAUUUGUAUUCCAGUUACAGCUCCUAUCGACCUACGGGGAUCUCUACUAUGUGGGACUGAACGGUUUAGAGUUCUACGAUGCACAGGGAGAGAAGAUGGAACUCACUGAAUCAAACAUUGCUGCCUAUCCUCCCAGUAUAAAUGUAUUAGAGGGUGUGUCAGACGAUACAAGGACCCCUGAGAAGCUUAUUGAUGGGGUCAAUGAUACGAUGGACGGAGGUCAUAUCUGGCUUGCCCCCAUCCUACCGUCUGUUAUCAACCGAGUAUAUGUGAUAUUUGAUGAGCCGGCUACUGUAUCUAUGAUCAAACUCUGGAAUUAUAGCAAAACUCCGGCAAGAGGGGUCAAAGAUUUUGGGUUGUUAGUAGAUGACCUUCUUGUAUACCAAGGUAUCUUAGGUCAGGUGACCUCAGCAGCGAGAGGUAUCUUACCUAGUAUGGAUGUACCUAUCCCAUAUCACACCAUUCUAUUCGCUGACAAUGCAGAACUCAGGAGAAGGGAACGACACACCAUUCUCCAAAACCAGCAGCAGGAGCAAGAUGUUCAGAUGACCGAUGAUCAUCAGGUGGUCGCUCACUUCAAAAAUCCUAAGAAAUCCUCAAACAAAACAGUAGAUCAAGCUCUAAGACCGAAGACCAGUGUCAAUACUCAGAGCUCCACGAGGAGAUGAUGAAACAUUCACAUUGAUUACAGAAGAGCAGCUUAUGGUAUGGAUGGAUUUUCAUUGAGUUGAGAUUGGUUGGAUCAGUCGUAACUCUUUGUAAGACGGAGCUCUGCUGACGUCGGGGUAGCAUUUCAUGCAGUGUGUCAGCUUUGAUGGGGUUCCAUUCUUUGACAAUUACAAUAUUCACAGUCAAAGACUGAAGCACUGACAAGUUUUCAUUGUUUGACAGUUGCCAUAGUUACAGUCAUUGAAGAAUUGUUUUUGAUAAUAUUUUAUAAAAUAGGUCCAAUAUGCACUGAGAUAAGGAACAAACAGGUGGCUGUACAUGUAGGUGUGUUAAUGUCUUUGUCAGAUAUUAAGUGUUAGGUUUUGUUUCAACAGUUAUGGAGCACAUGAUGACAAGUUUGGGGUUUACAGGGUGUUAGUGUAAGGCUGAUUAUUAUGUCAGUAACAGCACCAAACAUUACAAGAAGUCCAUGUUAUGCAUGGUGUUUACAGGGUGCUAGUGUAGGGCUGAUUAUUACGUCCAUCACAGCACCAUACAUUACAAGAAGUCUGUGUUAUGCAUGAUGUUUACAGUGUUAGUGUAAGGCUGAUUAUAAUAUCAGUCACAGCACGAAAUAUUAUAAGAAGCCAGUGUUUAAGCAUAGUAAGAAUCCUAAUUCAUGCUCUCAACACCAACACCAUCAUCAAACAUAGAAUUGCCCACUAUGUAAGUUGUACCAUUUGUCUGAUAUCAAAGUAGAUAGAAUGGUAUGAUUAUACAUGUAACCAAAAAUGGUAACUGGAUGAAAUACUGCGAUCUUCACAAAAGGCUAUAUUAUGUAUUUGUAAAUAUGACACAAUUUGAAUAUUGAUUCAUUUCAAUAGCCACAAAUAGAUCAAUUCAAUUGUUUUUAAUUGUGAUAUACAUGAACAUUCAUUGAAAUUGUGCUAAUCAUUAGUAAAUAGAUGUACAUAAGAUUACUAUUUAUUAUUUGAGUAAAUGUUAUGAAAAGUGCCGUCCUCUUUUAUAUAGAUUUAGAAAUUAAUUAUCUACAUACAUGUAUUUGUCAUGUACUGUCGUGAGCAAGGUUAUGUAUUCAAGUUAUGUAUUCAAGUUAUGUAUUCUGAAAGAACUGUAAAUCAAAUACAGAGAUGCAUUCAUUCUGGGACCAUUUACUAGCAUUUUCUCUCAGAAAAGACAAAACGGUAAUCAAACUUGAAAGGAUUUCUAUUUGAAUAUAUAAUUCGAAAUUAAAAAUUCAAUAUAUAUGAACUAGCAUCUCAUCAGCACUUUCAAUGCCAGCAUGACUAAAUAAAUAAAUAUUACAGGCACCUAGUACUAUUCAAUUCUUAGCAGGUUUAAAGUUAUUGUUAUGACAAACCAAUAAAAACAGGGGAAAAAAUAAGUUUGAUUGAUGCCUCAACUGAGUGAUAUCUUUGUCAUUGGGUAUGUCACUUUGAAUAGCCAUUUUGUUUGCUAUUUUGAUGAAUACAGGACUGAAAAAAAAAUGCUUUAACUGACUAACCAACUAACUUACUGUGACACAUCAGUUUCCUUUUACUUCAUCCAUUUUACUAAAACUGGCAAGAGAUCACGUCUUUAUAUGUAUUUGUCCACAACAACCUAUUCAGUUACAUGAGAGGACAUUGGUACAAGUGAGGUAUCAAUGAACAGUGAUGAUUUCCUCUUUCAUAUUCAGGUAAAUUGUCAUCAUAAAACGUAAUCAGGUAUGAUUAUUGAUAUUGCAUUUUCUUCCCUUUAUUUUGAUAUUUAUACACUGUAAAAUCUGAACUAUUAAUCAGACAACAUCAGAACAUAGUUCUCAAGUCAUCCUGGAAAAUCAUCUUUGUGAAAUUGCCCUUUUUCACAAUAUCAAGAAAACAGCGAAGGUGGGUCAACAGUUAAACACUGGUUGAACAUGUUUUAGAUUUUUGUGUCAUGUUGUCUUUUUGUAAUGAUAUUCCCUUGCAGACAUCACUUUUGGGAACACAUAAAUGUACAUGUACAUAACACCAAGUAGGCCAAUAUGAAGAACAAACAAUAUGAUUCUGUCUCUGUUAUCAUCAUUCAGACAUAGUAGGACAAGUUGUUUAUCAGUCAACAUGUUUGACACACUUGAAGCAUGAUAAUUAUUGUCAAGAGUUAUGCAAUUAGGUCAUGAUAUAUAUUCAAAAUUUUUGGUAAGUGUAUAAAGACAUAAUAACGUGAUACAUGCUACUUAAAAUGGAAUGUUAAGAGAUUGAAAAGAAUUUUUUUUUUAAUAUAUUAUUACACACAUCACUUAACCCUAGUUUAACUGGGUUAUAUCAGACCAGGUUGAAAAACGCAAUUUGCAUUGAGUUUGUACAAGGAAUCAUGUCUUAGAGCAAUUUUUGGUCUGACAUGUGCAUACAAAAUGUUGCAUAUUUUCGUAACUGCGUACCCGGGCAUCGCAAAUUUGGUUUCGAAAGAUGCGCAAGACUUGAAAAUAAAAAGUCAGCGAGCAGCGCAGUCAAAAAAUUUCGCCCGACGGCAUAGCGAUGUAAUUGUCCAGGGGGGUCAAAUUGACCCCAUCCCAGUUAAGUAAGGGUUAAGAAUGUACCGGUACUCGUUGCAGAAUUCUCUUGGUUUCAAAUUAAUACGGUCUCGUACCUCGCAUAUUUUUCACCUCUUGCCCUAUUGCCUCCGUACUCAAAACAUUGAGCGUUGUUGCUGAGCCUUGGUCUGCCAUGUCUGAAUGGGUCUUUCAUUGUCUUUCACUAUUAGAUAUAGUGCCUUGGUCAAAACACAAUUUCGUGACUUUUGUACUUUGUUAGGUGACAAGUUAAUAUUUUUCACCCUGAUCUUUGAUACAUUUGUUUUAUUUGAUGGAAAAUGUUGAUACGCUACAUGUCUUCAGAGUAGAAAUGUAUUUUAUUCAGAAGUACUUCACUAUGCACAGUACUGAGGCCAAUGCAGGCCUAUUGUGUGAAAGAAAAAUUUGUUCUUGAAAUUUUCUAUGUGGAAGUAUAUAUUGCAGAGGGUUAUUAAAAGCCGUAGUUCAGGAUACGGACAUUAGAUUAUAUGUAAUGUACUUGUGGCAAUGCAGUUUAAAUUUUUGCUAACUCAGAUUAUAAUAGAACUGUAAUAGUGGGAGCAUGUAUCUUGUUUGAUGAUACAUGUAUGUGCUAAGAAAUGAAGAUCUAAUCCAUGGAUCAAAGAGGUGAUCUAUGAUUGUACACUGAUACUGGACUAAUUAAUGUUAUGUUAUGUUAUGUUAUGUUAUAUCGAGGUUUUUACCUGACUGCUAAGAAAGCACGAAUGCCUGUGAGCAAACAACCAGGGGACCGACGUAUGAAGCUGAACACGAUCUCUUUUCUCAAAUAUAGAAAAUUACAAGCUUAUCCAGAAAAGGGAUAUUCUUUUUAAAAUAUGAGGUUUUUUUAAUAUGAAUUCUGAAAUAACCCUUCACGUAAAUUUGCAAAAUCAAUGUUGGGGUAUUCAUAUGGACUACUGCAAAAUCAGCUGAAUAUCUAUUCCUUGAUUAUUUUGUAGACCUGCAGAAUUUUAGUGCCAUUUAUUUGUUACAAAUUCAAAGGCGGCAAAAUAUUGUAAGCAAUUAAAAAAUCAAUGAGAGAAUUGAUAUUUGUUGCAUUCCAGUAUUCCAUUCAUGUAUGCACCACUUUUUGUCACUGCUGUAGUCGCAUUUAAGUAUGCAUUUGAAAAUGUAUUAAAUAUGACACCUGAAA